GUUGUUGUGAUGUCAUAAGCGCUGCGCCGCGUCUCCUGUUGCCUUGGAAAGUUUCCAGAUGAAACGACUGAGAUCUGUGUGACAAACUGCUGUAAAGAUGGAGUUUAUUAAAGAAGAGAGUGAAGACAUCAAUAUUACACAAACAUGUGGGAUAAAAACUGAAGAUACUGAAGAACAAAGAGAUCUGAUGGAGCUGAAAGAGGAAAGUCAAGAACAGAAUGAAGAGGAGGAGAAACAUCAGUAUCAGAAACCUGAUCAUUUGAAAUCAGAAGAACAAAGUUUUAACUGCUCACAAUCUGAAAAUAAUUUCUCACGAAAAAGACGUCAAAGAACAGGAUCCAAAAAAGAAUUCAGAUGCCAUCAGUGUGGAAAGAGUUACAUGCAUAAAAGAAGCCUUAAGAUUCACAGAAGAAUUCACACUGGAGAGAGGCCUUUUAAAUGUCAUCAGUGUGGAAAGAGUUACAUACACAAAAAAAACCUUAAUCGUCACAAAAUAAAUCACACUGGAGAGAAGCCUUUAACAUGUCAUCAGUGUGGAAAGAGUUACAUACACAAAGAAAACCUUAAUUGUCACCUGAGAAUUCACACUGGAGAGAAGCCUUUAACAUGUCCUCAGUGUGGAAAGACUUUCAUGCAUAAAAGAAGCCUCCAGAUUCACAUAAAUAUCCACUUAGGAGAGAAGCCGUUCACAUGUCAUCAGUGUGGAAAAAGUUUCACACUGAAAGAUAGCCUUAAUCGUCACAUGAGAAUUCACACUGGAGAAAUGCCUUUCACAUGUCAUCAGUGUGGGAAGAGUUUUAGUCACAAAGGAGACCUUAAUCGUCACAUGAGAAUUCACACUGGAGAGAAGCCUUUCACAUGUCAUCAGUGUGGGAAGAGUUUCACACAGAAAGGAAACCUUAAGAAUCACAUGAGAAUUCACACUGGAGAGAAGCCUUUCACAUGUAAUUAGUGUGGGAAGAGAUACAAAGCUCAAACAGACCUAAAAAUUCAUACGAGAGUCCAUUCUGGAGGGAAAUUACACCAGUGAUCUGAGUGUGGCGAAAGGUUUGGAAACAUAAGUAAUAGUAAAAAUUAAUAAAUGCACAGUAGACCGGUGUUAUGGUAGUAUUGCGAUACUAAAGCUUCAAAAUACUGGUGGUGCCACAUUAUUUUUUAAUCGGUAGUACUGUAAGUUAUGUUGAAUGUGCGGUAGUAAAUAUUAUUUUCACUGAAACUUUCAUUUAAAUCAGACCUAUGUCUGCAAUGACAUUAAAAAUAUAGUCUUUUCGAGUGGCGCUCCCUUCACGCAGUGCCCUUUAAGAAUUCAAAAUGCUGUUUAGAAAUUGCCCUUUAUAUGGUAUUAUUUUUCACUGAGUGGUUUUCUCAUGCGUCAAACACACACAUCUGAAUCCCAGCAUGUUAAUUUGGCUGUCGUGUCUCCUAAUGGAUAAUAUGGAUUUAAGUAAAACUACGGAGAGUGAGAAGCUUUUUACACACAAUUCACGUAGCAAGAUUUAGAGUUAUUUUGGGUUUUGACUGAUGAGACCAGGAAAACACAUCUGCUGUGAAUGCCUACAGAGAUUUCAAGCCAAAAAGGGGAAACACCAGCAACCUUAUUAAACCCCUUCGGACACUUCAUUUAUAGGUGCACUAAGUACAUUUUUGCUAAUUAAAGUUUUACACAAAGACAAAAUUAUGUACACUUGCAUAAGAUGAACACUGAAUUUUUAUCAGAAACCCUAUAAAAGCUGUUUAAUUUUACAUGGAGCGAGUUGCCCCCUCAUGGACGCUGCCAUGUUGACAACACACGUCAGUGGUACCAGUGAUGGUACGGUAUUGAUAAACAGGAGUGUGAUCCACCAGACAGUCCAACCAGAAUGAGUAAAAGUGGAAUGAUAAAAUGUCCAAAUGAGAGGUCAGCUCUCAGAGCGUGGUUCAUGGAUAAGCAGCGCGACAUCAAAUGCCAAGCGCGAGCACAAAGCGUUGUUAAGCUGGCCGAGAGCUCGCAAGUCACAGUUGUCCGGUCACAGUCCGGCGCGCAACAACGAGUGAAAAUUCGUUUGGAUAGAAGAAUGUCCAUUAUAGGGAUGUGUGUAAUAUGAGACUGAAAAAAACACAGACUAAAAGUAAUAAUACAGAAGAUAAACAAACACAUUUGGUGUGAAGCGACAACACUCCAGGACGAUGUGUGUCAAUAUAGAGUCCAAAACCGCAAGUACUUCUAGGGCCGAUGGCUCUUACUCAUCCCAGGUAUAUCCUUGCUAAAAUCUUGCCUUGUGCACCUUUAUCCUAAAUGCUUAUUCUUAACAUUUACAGAUUUACCGUUUCUCUGAAAAUUCGAACAUUGCUCUAGUUUAGUUUUUUUCCAAUUACAAAUGCAUGGUGGUGGAAACUUCACUAAGGUCGCACUUAUGAUUUGAUCACAUCCCUAAGGUGUGCGAUCAAACCGAUUUGUAUGUAAUCUGCAUUCGCGCUGCUAUUUACCAGGAGACCAGGGCUGAAGCGAUUAUAAUAAUGAACAGCUGCCCAAAAGUCUUUUCAACGUUACAAUAUCUUUAUUUUUAUGUUUACAACAUUAAAAUAAUCACAGAAAUAAUGGAAUAAAAGUUUAAAUACAUUGCCGUUUGAACCGGCUGUUACGAUGCAGCAAAGAUUUUUUUCUUUACAUCAAACUAAGAAUGUACUAGGUAAUAAGUUAGUUAAUUCGAGCCUUCUCCCAGUUCAUCCAUCAGUUAUUUUCACCACUUCUGGAGCAACAAGUAGAAUUUCUAAAAACCACCUUUGCUAUGACAAUCUGUGGUAAGAAUUAACUAGGGCUGCCCCUGACAAAGAUUUUCCUAGUCGACUAGUAGUCGUUAGUUUAAGCCAUUAGUUGACUAAUUGGCACACGUUUAUGAUAUUAAUUACUUAAAUAUAUAUAUCAGAAAAUGGUUUGAUUUCCAGGGCUGAGAAAGAAUGUUAUAAGUAACAUUGCUAACACUGUUCUACAUUACAGAGAAAUACUAAAUCGUAAUAAUGAGUCUUUAAAAUAUACAUUUUACAAGUGCACACACGCAGCGAGAAACAGCGACACCGGCAAAAGCGGUAAUGAUUCUGAAUGUGUCAGAAAAAUCAGCAAGGAGUCUGAACUUUUUUUAAUUUAUAGAGAGAAAUGCACAUUAGGGUUGUGCCGACAGACGAUGAUCUCGGGGAUCAACGAUGGUCAGAGUGAUCGCUAAUAGCUGAUGCCUUUGACCAUAAGACGAUAUUUGGCUCGUUUUCCCAUGUAUUAAAUUAUUAUUAGGCUAUUAUUGUUAUCAAAUUAAUAUUACAAAUAAUUUGCCCGUAGACACACAGACACGCGCUUGAAGAAACACACUUUAUUAUAUUAUUAAGAACAGAUGACAGAAAAGCCAUUGUUUGUACAGAGGCAUGCGUUCACAUGGAACAUGUGCAUGUAAAAGGUUCUCACUCUUUCUUUGUUUCUGUCUUCUGAAUGUUUUAUAUUUUUGUUUUGCAAGAACAGUAUCAUCUAUGAGUGCUGCAAAUGAACCUCAGACAUCUCAGCUCAGGAGGUGCUUUGAGUUCAGUUCGCUUUAUUUCCACAGAGCAGUUCAUUGUGACUACAACUCUACAGCCUAAACAUCUGUGAUUAAAACAUAAAAUAAUAUAAAAACACAUUCACCUCGAACCAUGAUUUAUAUUUCAGUGAUUAUUAUCAUCAUUAUUAUUAUUAUUUUUACAUUUAUAAAUUUUACAGUUUUUAUGUCUUCAUUUUUGUAAGUAAUUUUCCACCUGCAUAUUUAGACGGAUACUUGCCUGAUGGUAAAUGGAAAGGUAGUUACUUUAUAUAUACAGUGCCUUGCAAAAGUAUUCAGACCCCUGACCGAUUCUCUCAUAUUGCCGAAUUACAAAUGGUACUCUGAAAUGUCAUUCUGAUUUAUAUUUUAUUUUAAAACACUGAAACUCAAAAAUCAAUUAUUGUAAAGUGACAUUGUUUUUUUCUUGGGAAAUAUUUUUAUGAAAAAUAAAAAACUGAAAUAUCUUGCUUGCAUAAGUAUUCAACCCCCACACAUUAAUAUUUGGUCGAGCCACCUUUUGCUACAAUAACUGCUUUAAGUCUUUUGGGGUGCAUAUGUACCAGCUUUGCACAGUGAUGAAGUUAUUUUUGGCGCACUCUUCUCGGCAGAUUUGCUCCAGGUUGUUCAGGUUGGUUUGGUGAUGCUUGUGGACUGCAACUUUCAAAUAGUGCUACAGAUUCUCAAUAGGAUUGAGAUCAGGACUUUGACUGGGCCACUGUAGGACAUUUAUCUUUUUGUUCUUGAGCCACUCCAAUGUUGCUUUGGCCUUGUGCUUGGGAUCAUUGUCAUGCUGAAAGGUGAAUUUCCUCCCAAGCAUCAGUUUUUUAGUGGACUGAAGCAGGUUCUCUUGCAGUAUUUCCCUAUAUUUUGCUCCAUCCAUUCUUCCUUCAGUUCUAACAAGAUGACCAGACCCUGAGAAGCAUCCCCACAGCAUGAUGAUGCCACCACCAUACUUCACUGUAGGGAUGGUGUGUCUUGAGGCUUGGGAAGUGUUAGGUUUGCGCCACACAUAACGCUUUGAGUUUUGACCAAAAAGCUCUAUCUUGGUCUCAUCUGACCUCAAAACCUUCUCCCACGUCGCAGCUGGGCCACUCAAAUGCUUUCUGGCAAACUCCAGAUGUGCUUUCAGAUGGUACUUUUUGAAUAACAGCUUCUUUCUUGCCACCCUCCCAUACACACCAGCGUUAUGCAGUGCUCUUGAUAUGGUUGACUGGUGCACCAUUACUCCAUUCCCAGCCACUGAACUCUGUAGCUCCUUUCAAAGUGAUUGUUGGCCUCUCUGUGGCUUCUCUCACAAGUAUCCUUAUUGGUAGAGCACUGAGUUUUGAGGGAUGGCCUUUUCUUGGCAGUGCCUGGGUGGUGUGGUGCAGCUUCCACUUCUUGAUUAUUGAUGCAACUGUGCUCACUGGGAUAUCCAAACAUCUGGGUAUUAAUUUGUACCCUUUCCCUAAUCUAUGCAUUUUUAUUACUUUAUCUCUAACUGCUGUGGAAUGCUCUUUGGUCUUCAUUUUCCUUCAGAUUCACAGCCUGACCAAUGAUCCUUCAACAAUGGUUUUUUUUUUAUCCAGAAAAUGUGAUUGCAACUUUAAAGAUUCACAGGUGGAUGCCAGUGUUAAAGUAAUUGUGUCCUCGUUAGGGCAAUUUCUUUCAUCGGUGUAACCUGGCAGCUUCCACAGCACAGGGGUUGAAUACUUAUGCAAGCAAGAUAUUUCAUAUAUAUAUAUAUAUAUAGAUAUAUAUAUAUAUAUAUAUAUAUAUAGAUAGAUAUAUAGAGAGAGAUAUAUAUAUAUAUAUAGAUAUAUUUCUCAACAUAAAACCAAUGUCAUCUAACAAUAAUUGAUUUUGAGUUCCAGUGUUUUAAAAUAAAAAUAUGAAACAGAAUGAAACUGCACCAUUUGUAAUUCAGUAAUAUGAGAUAAUUGUCAGGGGUCUGAAUACUUUUGCAAGUCACUGUGUGUAUGUAUGUAUGUAUGUGUGUGUAUAUAUAUAUAUACAGGUGCAUCUCAAUAAAUUAGAAUGUCGUGGAAAAGUUCAUUUAUUUCAGUAAUUCAACUCAAAUUGUGAAACUCGUGUAUUAAAUAAAUUCAAUGCACACAGACUGAAGUAGUUUAAGUCUUUGGUUCUUUUAAUUGUGAUGAUUUUGGCUCACAUUUAACAAAAACCCACCAAUUUUAUACAUAUAUAUAUAUAUAUAUAAUUUAUCACUUCAUUAUUUUAAUUGCUUUUUCAUUUUGUUUGGAGUGCAAUUUGAAUUUAGAAAUGUAUUUGAUUUAAGUUUUUCAUUUUUUAAAUACAUUUUCAAUACAAAAUCACUAAAGCAAGAACAUUCACCGAUCACUCAGCCCAGGGGUUGCCGAUGUAAUUGGAUAUUGCAAUAUAUAUAAUAUAUAUAUAUAUAUAUAAUUUAUUGUGAAGGAGGGACCAAAACGAAUUUAUUCACACACAUGAUGUAUUUUCCCGGACAACGAAAUAACCAACUGGUAGAGAAUGCACAGAUGAAGUAGGUUCUUUGCCAGAGAGAUGUUGUCAACUGUUGUAAAGCCAUCUUUCAAAAAGUUGAACAACACACAUUUUAAUUGCACUUAAUUUUUUUCCAGUUUCAUUUGAAUUUUUAGUUAAAAUAAAUAAAAAAGUUCAAAGUUUGAAAUCAUGGUGUCUUGCUUUAUUGUGUAGGCCUAACCCUGCUUAACGAAAAUUACCCCACAGUACCACCUAGCAUCCAACCAGCGGUAAUACCGCUGUUCGUCCGUUUACUGUGUAGUUUGUUUUUGUUUUGUUUUUUCUGCGACCAACCGACCAAUCAAAACUUGGUGGACCAAGACUCUUAUCAUCGACUAACGUUUGGUCGACUAUUAGGGGGCAGCCCUAGAAUUAACACACUAUUGUGUGAUAUCAUGAUACUUUAGCUGGUAUAGUAUUGUAAGAUAUGAUUAUGUUAUCGUGACAACCCUAAUAAGUAAUUAUAAAAAUCAACUGUGCAUUCACUGGAGAAAGGCCAUUUAAUUGCUAGUUUGUGGUUGAAUUGAGUUACUUAAAGGUGAUGUAAUUUCUGUGACAAUUAACACCAGAUAGAAUUGCAAAAAUAAAGUAUAUUUUAAAGAAACCUUUGCCUACACCACUUUUGCCAGACAGUGUGGCAGACAAAUUGGGUUUGAUAACACCAGACUGUAUGGCAGCUGUGUGUGUGGAUGUGUUGGAUACACAGAAACAAAAUAAAUAAAAACAAAUCAUGGUAGAUUUACUGCAAUUUCACCAGCAGUUUACUGCAAAUAUACAGCAGACUUAAAGGGAUAGUUCACCCAAAAAUGAAAAUUCUCUCAUCAU